AUGGAACCGCCUCCCCAACGACGGACUGGACUCCGGUCGCCAGUCCCUCCUGCCUCUGCAGUUUCACCUAACCCGUCACGCGCGGGCUCGAAGCAGAGCAACCGACCUAGUUCGAGCGGCAGCGACACAUCGGGCUCCUCACAUCUGUCUGUCGUCAAGAGAUCACCUUACAGCCAACAAUUACCUGUGUUUAUCUCGCAUAACAAUACAGGCAAUGCCUCGCUAUCAUCCCAUAACCGACCGUCUGCGCAGUACAUGCCUCGAGACGGCGGCGCGAAGCAGAGUCUAGGGCCUCCGCCCGAACUCCAAAAGCAUCGCCCACGACAGCACUCACAGGGAUACUUCGAGCCCUCAAUGCCCUCCGCCUCGCUUGCAAGCCAGUCGCAGCUCCACGAUCAUACAGGAAUGCCUGCGCUUAACCCUUCUCAGAUUGCUGCACAGGCUGCGAUGCAGCACCUGAAUGCCACGAACCAUUCCCGCAAAAGAUCGCAGACAGUGCCAUUUCCACAAGAGCAGAGCCAACAGGAAGGUCGCCGAAACAGUAGAGGGUCUGCGGGCUCUCACGAGGGUCAACCCUCAGCUCCAGCCCCCGAACAACAGUAUCGAAACGGAUUAAUAGGCACCAAUGCAGCGGCAACAGCAGCCAGCGUCGUGUUCCCAAGGAAUUUCGCAUCUGCUAGUCAGGUGUCGUUGGUGGAGGAAGAGAAGUCAAAGAAGGGUUUGAAGAGAUUUAGACCGAAACAUAUUGUGCUGUCAAGGGACAAGGACAAAGAGCCCAAAGAGAAGCCUCUACCCUCUCCAAACCGACUAGCACCAAGUGGUCUGUCGAAGGUUAUGAAUGCCUCAACCACGAGCCUAACUGAGUCACUGUCUUCCAACUCCUCCUCCAUGUAUCAGCUGGCCAACCCGUCGUCAUCAACUAUCGUUCCCAUUCCAGAGCAAAAGGAGCAGAAAGACAAGGCCCACAAACACCAUGGUCUGCGCCAGAAACUGAAACUAAAGGACAAGGAUGAGACCUUUGCGCUUCCGUUGUCUUCUGCUAACUCCAAUUCCCGUCCAGUGGACAUCAAUAAUCCUCAAUCCCUCUACUCCUUUGCUCCUCCGUCUCCUAACCCGUCGUCCAACUUUGCCAAAUCAGUCUCAGGACUCGACCUUCGGCAUGGAGGCCGUGCUCUUCGGGAGAAGAAGAAAGAAGAAAAAGCUCAGGCAGCAUUCGCCAACCUCGAACCUGUCUACAGCCGAGGAGAAAGCGACACCUCGGAAUGGCCUUCUCUCGGAACUAGCUUUACCAACCAGUCAGUCAGUAAUUUCAAUACGUACAGCGAGAUCAAAGAAGCCGGUGCGAACUUCGGUCUUUCCAAUAUGUCCGCCGAUGACGCUUGGGAUCUUCUGAGGGCAAAGAUAUUAGUGACGUUCGAAGGAGAAGAUGUACGAAUAGCAGUUGAAGACCUGAACAAGCUCGUCACCAUUCACGUGCAAAGAUGUGUGCAAAGGAAAGAUCCAAGCAUUGUCAUUGGAGACCUCGAAGACCUCCUGAAGACUGGGCUUCUCAGCCUCAAUCAUACCUUGCGCAACGUCGCUGAUAACAGCCUCGUCCCUAGGCUGGUGAGUAUAUGGAUGGAGGUGUUUGGCAAAAUUCUCCCCUUCAUGCAGGCUGUCUUCCUUCCACUUGAUCAAGAAUUCAAGGGAAGAGGCACCAUACUCACAACCCCCAAGAUGGCUGCGGAAUUCUGGGGAGCUCUACCAAGCCAUGAUAGUGGUAGCAAGCUGUCGUCAUCACCGGCAUCCGGUGAGGGCAUAGAUCUUGUGGUCGCUGCAGGUGAAGAGCUAGAGGUCAGACGCAUUCUGCUCAUCAGCUACCGCGAUACCAUCGUGCUACCACGCUAUGAGGUGCUUAAGUCGACUUUCUCACGACUGAGUCUCGACAGCAUCAACGCUUCCAUAAUGCAAUUUGAUAACGGCAACAGAAAUCGUGGUAACAGCGGCGGGAGUGAUAGACCCGGGACUGCGCAAGGCACUGAGCCAACAUAUGGCAGCUACAACUCUCAGAGCAGCACAUUGCUGGGCAGCAUGACGUCCGGUGGCAGGUCUCGUGCGACGUCCAAUCUGUCGGUGGUGAGCAAUCCUGCACAGGACGUGGCUUUUCAAUCAUUUAGUUCCCCACCAGCAGCCAGACCGACUGAUAGUUCAUCCUCGCACGUUACGGAAACUGUGGGUCGAAUGCUACAAUGUCUCUCAGUCUUAUGCUCGAUACAGUCAGGAGACGAAGCUCAGAAUAAGAUGGAGGAACUUAACAAGCAACUAAAGCUGAACUGGUUGGGUCGGGGUCGCACUGGUAGAAACCGCAAAGGCUUUGUUGGAAGCAGAGUCCGACCUAUGGGACGUGGACUCGACCGCGAAGGGAGCCCUACGCCGACCCCUACCCGACAGGGAACGGUGAGUAGGCAGAGCGACGAUGCUGGCUGA